CAGGGGAGGUAAGCGCCGCCAUGGUCGCAGAAGGACCGUAGCUCCACCAUUCACUCGAGCUCCACCAAUAGGGUACUAGUCUCUAAACGCUCAAGGUGUAGCUCCAGGCGGCUACAUGUUUGCUUCUUCUCCUUCUUUUCAACUUCUUCAAUACUGAAUGCAGCCAUUCCUCCAACAUGUUCGCAGUCGUACAUGAUGACCAUAUUCCCGCAUCAAGUCUGCGAGGGGCCUCACUAACCCUACAAGAGUACAACGGCGAAGAACUGACUACAGCGAUUCCAGUCUACUUGCCACACAACUUCACAGCACAGGAGUUCAUUGCCCUCUUCCCACAACCUAGUUCCCCAUCUUCCAAACCAGCCUUUACAUUUCCGGCUCUUCACAACUGGUUCUCAAGAUUACUCAGUAACUUCAAGCUUCAAAAUGAUGCGCUACAUCCAUUCCAAAAGCGCCCAUACAAGCUUUUCGAGAUUGACGUCCAGGCCGUGGAUUGGUUUUGGAGAAAUCGACCAGGCCAAGAAGAUAAGCUGGGCUUCAUGAAAAUCCAAGCGAAGAUCGAGACAGAUCCGUAUGUGCAUGGUGAGGAAGAAAAGGCAAGAGCGGACUGGCUGCCUGGAGCAGUCUUCCUACGAGGUGGAAGCGUUGCUAUUCUUAUCAUCGUUCAGCCAGCAGACGCAAGAGGGGAAGACGAGAAGUACGUUAUACUCACAGUCCAGCCUCGAAUCGCGGCAGGAGCCCUGGCCUUUACUGAGAUUCCGGCGGGCAUGUUGGACGGCAACUCAUUCAAAGGCACCGCAGCAAGCGAGAUUGAGGAGGAAGCAAAGCUCAAGGUUACAGAGAGUGAUCUAAUCAACAUGUCGGAACUUGCACUUGAAGACGUCCCGGUAUCAGCAACCACAGCAACCACUUGGGGUGAGGUACAUGGAAACGAGACCGAGGCCGCCGAGGCCGCCAUGUACCCCAGUCCUGGCGCAUGUGAUGAGUUUAUCCCCCUCUUCCUCUGCCAAAAGCGCCUCACACGACGCCACAUGGAAUGGCUGAAAGGCAAAGCAACAGGGUUGAGAGAUGAGGGCGAGAACAUCACGCUCAAGUUGGUGCCCUUGCGCAGGGCCUGGAGAGAAGGUGCAAGGGAUGCGAAGACGCUUGCUGCGCUGGCACUGUACGAGAAUUUGAAGAGGGAAGGGAAAUUUUCGCCCUAUAUGCCUAGUGACGUUGAGGAGGAGCCCAUCGAGGUUCGUGAGCAGCCGCAGUUGUGAGCAUUGGGUUCUGGGAAUCGUGAAUAGGCUGUUAGAUUUGAAUGUUUGAUACCCCUCCAAUAUAUUCAUUUUCGAAG